AUGACCCAAGCGGAGGAGGUGCUGGAGGUAAAGAAUCUCUACCACAGCAACGUGCCCGACGACCAGCACUCGCCGACCCGUCACGGCGAGAAGGACAACGGUGCGGACGGAGGCGGGCCCGCCACCAACCACCCGCCGAAGGUACCGCUGCCCUCUGACACGACGACGACGGUCGUCGGGAACGGCCACCAAAGCGGGCCGCCCGCUAGUAACAGUGCCGCCACCGAGGACGACGAGGAGAAGCGCCAGAAAACCCAAUGGCACCCGCACGUUUAUGCCAACCCGCCGAAGCAGCCACCGACGCCACACUCGAUCAUGGACAUUCUUGGCUGGAAGGGAAGUGGCACGCAAGCCGCUAAGGCGUCCUCCGUUGGCGGUGGCGUAAUGGCGUCGUUCUACUAUCGACGACGUUCGAUGGAUGUUGUUGCCGGAGAACGAGGGUCGGAUGAAAAUAUCAUCGUCGAUCGGGACGUUGAGGAGGAGGAGGAUCGGAGAAGCCACGAGGAGGAGGAUGAGGAGGACGAGCAGGAGGACGAUGAGGACGCGGAUGUGGAGGAGGAGGAGGGGGACGCCGACGGUAACGAUCAGCCGUUGGAUCUUUGCAUAUCGAAACCGGCCGGCAUGGGACGGGAGGGGGAUGGUCGGAAAAUGUCCUUGGACAGGCUGCAGGAUCGCAAGAUAACAUCAGAGGAAGACUCGACGCAAGAGUCCACACGAUCGUCCUCCACGUACGUCCAGCAGCAGCAUCGGCGCCAUCAGCAUCCGGCGGUCAGCACACAGCACCCACGAAGACCCGCCCCACCACCAACGGCCACCCCGUCCAGCGAUGCCGACUCGGACAUCUGCAUGUCGAACGAUGACUCGUCCACCACGACCACCACCGGGGACGGUCGGUUUAGCGCCGCCACCACCGACGGGAUCGCCUCGGCCACCGCGACCAUGUCGACGCUGUUUUCGCUCCCCAAGGCGGGUGGCGCCUCGGUGAUGCUGGCCACGACCGAUGCCACCGAAAGUCGGGAGGAAUCGGGGACAACAACCGGCGGCGGCGGCGGUCAUCACAGACGCAAGAAAAAGGCCCGCACCACGUUUACCGGACGGCAAAUUUUCGAGCUCGAAAAGCAGUUCGAGGUGAAGAAGUACCUUUCGUCCAACGAGCGCACCGAGAUGGCGAAGUUGCUGAACGUUACCGAAACGCAGGUGAAAAUAUGGUUUCAAAACAGGCGCACCAAGUGGAAAAAGCAGGACAGCGCGGGAGGUGGUAGUGGUGGGGACGUAUCGACAUCCGGUGGUGCACCAUCCACGGCGCAGCCCUCGUCGAAGGAACCCACCGUCAGCCGGACGGGAGGUCGAGCGCCCAGCGUUACGUCACGCGGAGCGACACCCGGGGCAGCUACGGAACACCAAGCCAGCACCAAGCAACCUGCACCACCACCGCCACCCCCAACAGUGUCAUGGCUUAGUGGGCUCGAGGGCCUGCAGGAGCUACCACCAGCGCAACCGCCGCCACCACCACCAGCAUCGCACCAGUCCAAGAAUCCCAGUGCCAAGAGUAGUCGAUCGUACGGAAAAGCGGUCAAUGCAGCGGCACGGAAAAACGCAUCGAGCGAACGUCGUUCGGCGGCGAAGCAACAGCAGGUGGCGGUGGCUUUCUCCCCGCCCCAGCUGCUGGCGCGCCAUCACCAUCUUAUCGCCCAGCCUCCGAAGCCUUUUUCCGCCGUCUGCUCGACGAACGGUGGUGCCGAUGAGCUGGAGGUGUUGGAGGUGGAGCACACCGACGAACCGAUGGUGACGACCGACGGUGACGACAGCCAGGAGGACGAGGGAGACGGUGAGAACAGGGCGGGCGAUGGACGCCGCAGAAGGAAAAAGGUCGCUGGUGGUGGUGCUAUCCCUUCAGGCGAGCGGAUCCCUUCGAGCUAA